GCCUAAUGAACAGAUCUCAUUUCUAAGAACAAAACCAUGCAAGAGACCUUAUUUAUGAAUUAUUAACCAUCUAAUGACCAAUUACUGAUCAUGUAUCUCUCUUCUUUUCCCAGCAUGCCUUUUGUAUACAACCCAUACAAAAACCUCUGCACCGUCGGCCGUUUCCCAGCCAUUAAACUGCAGGCGGACCACUGCAGGAGAAAAACAUGCUACACACCGGUUUAUCCUUACAUUAACCCUUGUGUGAGCCCUUGCGCAAACACUUGUGUCAAGCUUAAUGUUAACCCUUGUGCCAGCCCUUGCGCUAAAACUUAUGUAAACCCUUGUGCAACCCCUUGCUCUGUCCCUUAUCCUUACCCAUGCGUCAACCCUUGCGUUAACCCUUGUGUUAACCCUUGCGCUACUCCAUACACCAAUCCUUGCAGCGUUGUCGCUCCAUGCCGUGAUUAUGAGACUAAGGAAGUUGUCAUCAAGGAGUACAUGGAUGAUUGCACUAUCAAACAAAGCUGUGGUAGUGAUGAAGCUCUCCUCCGGGUGACUAAAGUCGAUCUACUCAAGUGCAGGACUGGACCGAAUCGUAAGGAGCAUCACACACAUUGUUUCCCUGAUGAUCACCUCAUCGUCCGCAGAGGACAGUAUUUCAAUAUGUGGGUUGAUCUGUGCCGUCCCUUCAAUCCCAGUUGUGACAAACUUCACCUGGAGCUGAAACUAGGUCAUGUCCCAUCCAUCCGGGAUGGAACUUAUGUGAUCGUUCCAAUUGUGGAAGAAUUCAAGAAAGACUGCUGGGGGGCAAAGAUUGUCGAAAAGUGUCAAAACCGAAUCAAACUGUCUGUGCACUCACUUCCGACUGCUUGUGUUGGACGAUACCAACUCAGUGUCGUGACUCACUGUCAAGGAGGAAGAUUCACUCUACCAUAUGUUCCUGACAAUGACAUUUACAUGCUGUUCAACCCCUGGUGUAAAGAUGACUGUGUGUACCUGAGUGACGAGGCGGAGAGAGUUGAGUAUGUGCUGAAUGACAUGGGCAGAAUCUACUAUGGAACUAAACAGCAGAUUGGCUGCAGAACAUGGAACUUUGGUCAAUUUGAGGAGGGAGUCUUGCCUGCAUGUUUUUAUGUGUUGGAGAAGAGUUGCACCCCUUGCUCAGGAUGGAGAAGCCCCAUUAACAUUUCCAGAGUGGUGUCUGACAUGGUUAUUGCCAACAAAGACUGUGGUGUGUUGGUGGGUAACUGGUCUAACUGCUAUGGAGAUGGAACUUCUCCCACAUCCUGGUGCGGCAGCAGUGCCAUCCUGAGACAGUACCACAAAUGUGGAGGAGUACCUGUCAAAUAUGGACAGAGCUUGGCCUUUGCUGGAGUCACCAACACACUGUUGAGGUGUUUGGGCGUUCCUGUUCGUCCGGUCUCAAACUUCUGUUCUGCUCACGACACUGAUGUUUGUUUGACAAGUGACGUCUAUUUGGAUGAGAAAUUUCAGCUGAUUGAUCACAUGAACCAUAAUUCAAUCUGGAACUACCACGUGUGGAAUGAGGCCUGGAUGGCUCGUACAGACCUGCCAUCUGGUUUUGGAGGUUGGCAGGUGGUUGAUUCCACUCCUCAGCUGACCAGCCAGGGCUUCUUCCGCUGCGGCCCCACCUCUGUUGCUGCCAUCCGCAGUGGACAGACCUUCCUGAAGCAUGACGUGCCCUUCCUUUUCGCCGAAGUGAACAAUGAUAAAGUGUACUGGCAGCGGAGAUCUGAUGGUACAUUUGGUGUUGUCCAUGUUGAGAAGGAUGUAGUAGGUCACUGCAUCAGCACCAAGGCCAUCGGCUCAGAUCAACGUCUAGAUAUCACAAACCUCUACAAACAUCCAUUUGGUUCAUCUGAGAACUGUGCUGCUUUGGAAACAGCCCUUCGUCACGGCUCCAGGAGAUGCACAUACCCACUGCCCUGCGCUGAGGAUGUUGUCUGUGAAGUCAGCGUGAAGGGUGAUGGACCGUGUGUGGGAAAAGAUGCCGUGCUUUGCAUCAAUCUGAAAAACAAAUGCAACUCACCUCGUAGCGUAACCCUCUACAGCCAUGCAGCAGCCAUGUACUACACUGGAGUCAGGAAGACCUUCCUGAAGAGAGACCAGACAUGCAUCGAGCUCAAGCCCUCUGAAUGCAGACCUCUGGAAUGGACCCUGAGUUAUGACGAGUAUAAGGAGCACCUGGUGGAUCACGCCCCACUGAUGCUCAACCUCUUUGGACACGUCGCUCAGACUAAGCAGAUUCUGGCCACCCAGUACAGCUUCAGACUGCGCACUCCAGAUCUAGCCAUCGCUCCUGUUUGUGAUGCUGUCCUGGGUCAAGAAGUGCCAGUCAAAAUCACCUUCCAGAAUCCACUGCCUUGUGUCCUAAAGAACCCUGUUUUCCGCUUUGUGGGACUUGGACUGCAGCAUCCCAGAAUUGUUAACUAUGGUGACAUUGCAGGACAUGCCACCGUGUGCCUGACGGAGAAAUUUAUUCCCAAGUGUCACGGCCCACACAAACUUCUGGCCUCAUUCGACUGUCCUCAGCUCACUCAGGUGCAUGGAUUCGCCAACAUUGCGGUCAAACAGCACUGUUAAACCAAUCAAAUAACCAAACGAGAAGAAACGUCAAGGCUCCACUGAACAGAAAGCGCUCACACUGAAUUGAUUUGCAGAAUUAAAUAGCAUCUAUUAGUUUCACUUUACCUACAAGCUGU